AUGCUCCGCACUAUACGUGUUUCCAUCAUUUUCCAGCCAUCGUCGCAUCAGCUUCAAUUAACUAUGAAACUGUGUUCAUCAUAUUCAGGUGCUUGUUGGGCAUUUGCACUGGUGGCAAGUGUGGAAGCGGCAUACGGCAUUGCAAUGAAUGCAGAGGCGCCGCAGCUGUCAGUGGAGUCACUCUUUGCAGCCAUGGGGCUCACCUCCGAAGCUGACAAGUGCAUCACAGGGGGCUCUCCAACUGAGGCGUUGGAGAGGCUUCUCACGCUGCCUCGUGGUAGUAUUACAGAGGCUGGAUCGCCUGUGAGUAGCGUGACAAAGGAGUACCCUGUGCACGGCUUUGAGCGCACAAGGUUCAAGGGGUUUGUGGGGCUCAUGCUGGCAGUGCGACGACAGCCAGUGGUGGUUCACAUUGAGGCUUGUGGUCCGGAUUUUGCACAAUAUGACGGGACCUUCAAGUACCUGGAUCCUGGCUGUUAUACCGGCAAACUUAACCACGUCGUACUCGUUGUUGGCUACUUCGUUUUGAGAAAUGACGGGAGCCAAAAUCGCAUUGCGCCUCCAUUUUGGAUUCUCCGCAACUCGUGGGGAGUGGAGUGGGGCGACCGGGGCCACAUGCGCAUGGACAUUCAGGGAGGGGAUGGCGUGUGUGGCAUCAACGUGCUGCCUGGCAUCUACCCCAUUGUCAAGAUGGAUGUGUGUGGGUCUGACUUGAAGAACCUGUGCUACGUGGGCGCAUGCAUCAACGACGCCAAGGGCUCCUACUCCUGCAUCUGCCCUCCCAACUACGUUGCAAGCAAAACCAUUGACAACUUCCCCACCUGCGACCCAGCCAACGCCACAGCCAGCACCCUGGUAGUGAGUGGAAGCAACUGGUGGUGCUCUGAUGUUCUUCCUGUUGUGGGCCUCUCACUUGCCCAAUUCACGCAGCAGAAUGCGGUAAGCAGUGGAGAUGGAGAGGCUGCAAGAGUGGAGAGGCUUCCGUACAUUCUCUCCCAUUGCUCCACCCUCCAGGGCGACACAUGCUGGUCCAUCAGCGCCCAGCUGUUCCUCACCACCAGCAACCUCACGGCACUCAAUCCCGGCCUCAACUGCCCUGAGCCCAUCAAGGCGGGCCGCUCUCUGUGCAUCGAGCGCAACGCCACUUUCGCCUACACUGUGCCUCGGUGCCUGCAAUACGGCGUGCUCACAGCACAGGACACGUGUGAGCGCCUGCUGCUGCAGGUUGCGGGGAGUGAGGACGAUCCAACGGGGGCCGGGAAGGAGAACGCUACACGCUGGGCUGAGCUGUACCGCAACAAUCCCGGCCUCAUCUGCUCGAGUGUCAUCCCGGUCUCCGCCUCUACUGUUGGCAGCAGCACUGGCGUGCAGAAUAAGAAUUACUCAAGCAGCCAGCCGGUUCUCCCGCCAGCAUCUGUGCUCACCAAGGGGACGCAGCGCGAGACAGGGGGGAACUUCACUGCAGCGCCGGUGACGCUGUUUGUGUACGAGGCAGGGCAGACGGUGUUGGGGUGUGGGCUGCAGCUCGCCUUCCACGCCAACUUCACCUUCUCCCUCUCGCCUCGAUCUGGGCGCGUGGGCUUCAAUGGCUUUGCAUUUGUCGUCUCUGCGACGGACCGAGUGGGGAGUGGUGCAGGUGUGGGGUAUGGUGGAAUGGACAAGCGGAGCAUGGCGGUUGAGUUUGACACUUUGCAGAACAAGAAGAACGGCGACCUGAGCAGCCAGCAUGUAGGGCUGAACAUUCGAGGCGAGGACAAGUCAGUAGCUGCUGUGAGGUCCCCCUUCCCUCUGAGCAACAGGAAGGCGUACACGGCGUGGGUGGACUAUGAGCCGGGGGACCCCGGCACCAUCCAGGUUUUCCUGGCUGACUCGCAGGAGAAGCCGCAGGAGGCACUGCUGGAGAGGAGGCUGGCGCUGUGUGAGGUGCUGCAGGGUGCAGCCGAACGGCCUGCCUUCUUCUUUGGCUUCGUGGCGUCCACCACUGUGAAGCCGUUUCAGCGGCACGUCAUUCUUGAAUCCACCGUGGACACAGGUAAGAAGAGUGUGCUGGCAGGGCAAUGA